AGUACAAGUUCUCUAUGUACACGCCGAGUAUGAUAGCGGCGGCGAGCGUCGCAGCAGCGUUACACGGACUGGAUUGGACCAGGAAGAGCGGCUAUGGACUGGCCGGUCUUCUGCACGAACUCACUCGCAUCACGGCCAUCGAACAGGAUUAUCUACAAGGCUGCCUGGAGCAGAUCGAGGAGAUGAUCGAGGAGGCCCAUGCCGCCCAUGUAGGCACCGAGAACCCCGGAAGCGGAAACGGGCAUCAGACAAUGAGCACUGGUAUCUCGAGUGCACCGCAGAGGCCGUUGGGGGACCAGAACACGAGUCAGGAGAAGAUAUUGGAGCACGAGAAGGCGGGCACACCGACCGACGUCAGGGAUGUACAUUUUUGAAAACCGCAGUAGGGGGACACUAUGCAAGGGCCGACACAGCGGUGAGUCUGACAGCCGAGGAAGAGAAAUUACCUUCCAGCGAGGAAGAAGGUAAGGACGAUGAUAAUGGGCAGCCGAAGGGAAAGCGGAGGAAAGUUCUACACGAGCAGCGGGAUACUCCAGAAGUUACACACGAAGCGGAUCCAGCUGGUUGUAGUUCGAAAUGCGAAACUCCUCCGGAAGAAUCUCGAAAGCGGACCUGAUCACUCGUUAACUGCGUUUGAUUGAAAACCACGGCGCGAAUUGUUAUAAGCCGGAAGCACGUGGAACGUGUGUUUUGAAAUCAAUUAGCAUGAAGUUUAUUUCGAUAUGAGAUUGACACGUAUCUAUGCAAGAAAGAUUUUUUUACAUUCUUGGAUUUAUUUUGCAAGAUACAAUUAAGUACAUACACUGAGAGAAAAGAAUAAUUGACCGUAAUCUAUAGUGUGUUUUGGCGCCAACCAUAUUUUUAUAGGUAUUCUAACUAUAUGAUUGACAGUGCUAAGGUUAUGCUAACACUAUAGUAAAAUUAUUAUGGCAACAAUUUCUAUAAAAUAUUCCUAUAAAAAUAAGUAUCCUGAUCAAUUUAUAAUUCCACGCAAUUAUAGUCCUAAAUAUCACACACUUUUCUCUCAGUGUACGAUAUGUGUUCUUAAUCUACUGAAAUAAAGAUUUUUUUUCUUUUUUUUCCAAAGUUACAUUCGCACAUUUAUUUGACGUAUGCGUUUAUUGUCGAUAUUUCACGUUUUAAAAAUAUUUUUACAGUUUUUUUGUUUUUUUUUUGAAUCCGCUUCAGCGUCAAGAUUUGCGAAUUAUGUCGGCAUGUCAAGACACAUAGUCAAUUCGUUGGUUUUCUGAUUAAUUUCUAAUCGAAAGACGAGCGAUUUAGGUGGUAGAUGAGAAUUGUAUAUUUCGAUCGCGAAACCGUUACGUGGAAUACCAACCACGUGUAGAAGACAAACGAUAGAAUAAGCCAAGAAACAAACGAUUACUAUGACUAAAAGCGCGUUCGAAACAAUGUAAAAGAAAAUAAUGCGAGGAGCUGAG